GCAAAGUCAGGGUUCGCAAUCAGAAAAGACAAGGUCUGUGCACGUAGUCUUGGCGUUGCGGCGAAGCCAUUAGCCUCCGCGUCCUCUCACCUGUCUCUCCUCUCAACCUGCCUCUCUCCUCACCACCUGCAACAUGUCUUUGUCUGGCUCUCUUCUGUUCUGCACAGACUGCGGGAACUUAUUGAACAGAGUGUCUCCUAAAGUGGAGAACAUCAAAUGCGAGAUCUGCGACACAGAGAACAAAAAUCAAUGGCCUUUGGAGGUUCAAACAACGUCCAGACCAGACGCGUUUCCUUCGGUUCUUCGUAAUAAGCGCGACGAGAUCCAGAAGCUCGACACUGCCAACAUUGAAACAUGGGCCAGAACCUCGGAAGCUUGUCCUUCGUGCAAGAACUCUGAGACUUUCUUCAGAGAGAUGCAAUUGCGCGGAGCAGAUGAAGGAUCUACAGUGUUCUUCCGUUGUUCUCAGUGUUCGCACAAGUGGAAGUUAGACAACUGAUACAUCGACGGCAGGUUUCUACGGCAACAGAAAUGCAGCUGGCGCACUGGAUCUGGAGAAAGCUG